AUGGCUCGAAGUGUUCGCGUUGACCCACAGUUUGUCGAGUUCAACGACGUGAAAGUCGGGCAGGUUUACAAGACGACAGUCACUGCAACAAACGUUGGUAAAACUUUGAAGAAAAUAAUGAUUGAAAAGCCCGCGUUAAAGUUGUUCAAGUUCACAGCAUCUAGCUCGGCCAAGGUGGUGGCUCCUGGUCUGUCUGUAAGCGGCUUGCUGGAGUUCACUCCAGAGGAAGAAGAGGAGGUCAGAGAUUGCCUUCUAAUUCAUAUAGAUGAUGUAGAGACCAUCAAAGUCCCACUGCAGUGGUUUCCCAGGGCUUGUUCCUUCCUAAUGGACUCAGUACUAGACUUUGGGUGUAUUGCUGCAAGCAGUCAGUUGAUCUGCAAACAUCACCAUAUAACCAAUCAGGGAUCAGCACCAGGUGUGUUCCAGGUGCAGUACAAUGGAGACUCCUCUGUCAGACUCUCACCCUGCAGUGGAGUCAUAGCAGCUGGCGCCACCCAGUGGCUGAAAGUGGAACUGCGCACAGACAGACCCAGGCAAAUUGAUGAGAAAGCUCUGUUGAAACUCCAGAAUCGCUCUGCUGUAGUUCUCAGUAUAAGGGCUGAGGUGGUGGAACAGCGCCUUGAGGUUUUUGACCUGCAGGGGGCUCCAUUGUCUUGUCUGUGGUUUGGACCGGUAUACUUCGGGAUGUCCCGCGUGGAGAAUGUGGUUCUGAGAAACAGUGGACCCGAGGCAUGUGACUGGGUCUGCCUUCUACAGGAUACUGCUGCUGGAACUGAGGUGGGAACAAACCUCCAGAAGAGCACAGAUGCCUCCCUGCUGGAAAGAAUGCAGAAGUGCAGCCCAGCCGCCCUGUUGGAAAGAAUGCAGAAGAGCAGCCCAGCCGCCCAAGACGUCUCUCAGGUCUUGUUGUGUGUUCCCAAACAGGGUCGACUUGGACCGUAUGAAAAAACCUCUGUGGCAGUGUGCUUCAGUCCCAUCUGCAAGAGGUAAAUUGUCUCUGAAUGAAACAAGCGUGAUUACUCAGCCAGCCGACUAGACUAUUGUCUCUUCCUGCUGUUUGAAUCAGUGGGAAGCAGAUAUGGCUUCACUCACCAUAAUGGUAAAAGCAGUGUGGAGCUGGCAGUGACUGGCUCUGGAAUGCCUGUGUGUCUGGUGUCUACUCCCUCCCAAAGAUAUGAUUUCCUCACUUGUGUGCCAGGGCAACGUGUGGACCUGCUGUGUGUGCUGCAGAAUCUCUGCCCUCAACUUCCGGUCAACUUCUGCUUUCGCAAGUUAGCACAUUUCACCACCAAGCCCUCCACUGGCACAAUUGCCCCUGGGCAAUGCCAGGAUGUAGUUUUGUCUUUCACGGCACGGCAGCAAGGGACCUUUCAGGUGUGUCAAAAGAUAGAUGUCUUGGGUCAUGCUGUUCAGAGGGAUGGCAACACUGCUGAAUAUGUUACUGGACGUGAACAUCACAGCUUCCACACCAUUACUCUACAACUGUCUGCUGUCUGCCGCAAUGAGACCACGCACCCUGUGCCUAAACUAAAUCCUGGCAUCACUCCAGCCGUGACCAAUCCAACCGGAUCACUGCCUCAUGUUCGCUCCAGUGAACUGGCUCGCUGUCGUGGGAUGGUGCAUGCUGCUGUCCUCAGCGCCGACAAAACACGUCUCCAUGAACAUCGCAGGCAGAGGAGUCAGAACACAGAGAGCGAGGAGUUCCUGGCUUUUCCUAAUGACCGAGCCAUGAGCAUCAGGCCUGCCUCUGCACACAGACAGUACAGGACCAUCUUCACUGGUGUACACCGCUAUCGCUAUGUGGACACCAACUAUGCUUUCACAGAGGCCGAGGAGGAGCAGAGACAGCGGCAUCAACACAUUUACACAGACUUCAUCAAACAGCUCAGACAUACACGCCUGCAGAAGAUCAAAGAGAGACAGCAGGAAGAAGUGGAGGAUGAUGUGGACAUCGGGAUUGUUCCUUCUCAAGGGCUUGUUCCACCCAGACUCUGCAUCAGCGAUCUGGAGAGCAGUAAGAUCUCAGAGACUAAGCCAAACUACAGCUAUACUUCCCCAGCAGCUAAACUUAGCUGCCAUCAAGACAUGCCAUCUAUCACCCGGCAGGUUCACAGUCAGGUCAGAUCAAAGGGAAUGAGUGCAGUUCCCUCAACCAGCCAGGAGGUGGCAGACUGCAACAGGACUCUGACAGCUCAGGAGCUCUACCAAGUAGUCAUAGGUCCACUCUUGGUGGACUUUGGGGAGGUGUGUGUGCAGUCAGUGUGUGUCCAGAAGCUGGAGCUGAUCAAUCAUCUGCCCGUGUUCGUCUGGGUACAGCUGGAGGUGGACUGCCCUGAGCUGCAGGGCUCCUCACCCCUCUCACACGUCCUGCCUCCCCACUCCUUCAACACCCUACCACUGACAUUUCAAAGCAACAAGCUGGGUGACUUUUACAGACCUGUAUCCUACUCUGUGAACCAGCAACACCCUGGGCAGAUGCUGGUCCAGGCCCGGGUCGUCCCCUUGGCUCUGGAGCUGUCCACUACUCUGCUGGUGCUCUGCCCCACCCACACUCUGCUUGCCCGAUCAGGAUACAGGAGCUCAGUUACUCUCCGAAACCAGCGUAACCACGCAGCAGAAUUCACAUGGAAACCAGUAGUCACAGAAUGUGGCAUCCUGUUCUCCAUUCGACCAGCUACAGGUACAGUGGAGUCAUACAGGGAGUUGGACUGUGAGGUCGUGUGGCAUUCCUCCUUCUCAUCCCCUCCAGAAGGAGACUUUGACCUCUGUGUCCAUGAGGGCAACACACAACGCCUGCACUGUGUUGCUAAGGUCGGGUCCACCAGUGUCCAGCUGGCAGAGAAACAGGUCAUAUUUGGAUCUGUGCCUCUCAACAUGCCUUCUAUCAGAACGGCAGUCUUACACAACAAUGGAAAAAACCAUGCCUACUACCAGGUGCUAGAUGUGUGCCUUCUGCCAGGCUUGGAGGUGAGUCCAUCUGAGGGUGUGGUGCCAAGCGGGGGCCAGGCUGUGCUCAAGAUCCACUUCAACCCAGACAGUGUCAUCAAGUUUGACACCAGAGUGGAGAUAGCGCUGAGGAACAUGAAGUCCAUUGAGCUCAGAGUGGGUGGAUCAGUGGAGACUCCUAAUGUAGACAUCAGUGUGCCCCAUUUCCAGUUUUACGGGGUUCAUGCUGGUUGUCAGCGAGCGAUACCGUUCUCUCUGACAAACCAAUCGUCGGCCCCAGCCCGGGUUACCUUUGACCUGUCGGAAUACACAGACUUCUCUCUGCACCUUCCCCAGCCCUCAGCAAAGAAGGAGCCAGGGCUGAGUGUCGUGGAGGUCCAGGCCAACCAGACAGUGGACUGUUUUCUUGUCUUCUUCCCCACUCAGGCAGCCAGUUAUGACUUUGACCUGCCAUUGAUGGUCAACGGAGUGAGAUGGCCCACUGCGUCUCUGUCUCCCCUCCCCCCUCCGUCCUCCUCUUCCACCUCCUCGCUGUCAGCUGUCAGCAGGAAGAAUGCCGUCAAACCUCUUCCCCAGCCCGUCACCGUGACACAAUGGUCACGGCGCGUACAGGCCACAGUGCUGUGCGCACCACUGGAAAUGUCCCCCUCUAGCCUAGAGUUCCACUUGAAACCUCUGGCACCACAGUCUGAAGCUCACACUAAGACAGUGGAGCUGAAAGCCGUGUGUGAAGAUAGUGGGUUUUGGCUUAGGUGUGUCGGGACACGUGUAUACUGGUGGUUUGACUGCAGAGUGCCGACAGAGCACAGAAGAGAGGGGGGGCUAUGUUUGGUGUCUCCAUCAUCCGGCAGUCUGGGGCCUGACCAGUCCAUCUGCUUGACAGUCAGCCUCAGCCCCGAGGCUUUCACAACAGGGACCGGCAGAGUGACCAAACUGUCCCUCCCUCUUUACCUGGGAUUGGAGGGAGUGGAAGGGAUGGGAGGAGAGAAGGGACAUCAACCAUACAAAGAGCUGUCCGUCACUAUUACCCUCCAGCUUCCCUGUAUCACCAUCAGCCCCCCCCAAAUCCUCCUGACACCAGUACCCCUGGAAAGCAAUGCAACUGCCACACUCACCCUGCUGGCCUCAGGAUAUCCGAGUGGGACCACGGUAUCAGCUGAGGUGGAUGAGGUGGAACUGGAGGAUGGGACAAAGAUAAAACCUGUUUCUGUCUUCUUUCCAGAGGGUAACAACAUCCCUGCACAGACCCAGGAUCAGAACCAGGAGCCCGAUGUGAGCUCUCUGAUCUGCAGUGUGUCCUUCUGCUCCGCCAUCCCUCUGUCCCUCCGCACAGCCAUCGCCUUCACUGACCACCUCCACAACAAGUUUAAGGUCCGGUUGCUUGCUACCGCUGACAACUGUCUGUUGACAGUCUGGCCCUACAUGUCUCUGCACCGCUCUGAGCAACAGAUAGUUCUCAAGACGGGGUCCACAGCUGUAGAAGCGAUCCUUCAGCGCUACCACACACCAAGUCCUGCCUCUGGUCCGACGUCAUCGUCCUCCUCAUUGUUUGAUCGCAACAGCUCAACGAACAACAACUCGACCUCAGAUUCCUUUCCAGACAGUGACAGUGUGAGCGGCCGGGCCAGCGGGAACACAGACAUCCCUCCUGAAAGAGACUCCCCAACCGAUCUUGGCGUCCCAGAAUUCCCCGCUGCCGACUCAGAGGAAGGACUAUAUUACCAGAAUAUAUCAUUGGCUGUGGAAAGGUGGUUUAGCCUCUUUGGGUGGCCGAGUGGACCGCACCCCAUAUCUGUGCCACACACACUCAGAAGAGUUGUGUCAAAAAUUCAAACUAAUCAUUCCAGUGGACGGACUUAUCGAGUCAGUCAAAAUAAAGACUCCAGGUCCGUAGUGGACAUGCUUCAUCACCUGACUGGCAAACAGAUUCCCGGUAUUCCUCGGUGUCAGGCGUUUUCCAUUGAUAUAGACCAGCGCGUCCAUCAGCUGCUCCAACAGCAUGAAGCUAUGCUUACUUUUCUCAGGGUGCAGGGAGCCUUCCUUUGUCACAUCAGACCGGAGUACUUGCUUGACGUGCAGGAGUUCAAACACUGGUGCUCCCUGCAGCUCCAGUCACAUGAGGAAGAACAUGGUUUGGACUACAGCAGUGUUGACUUUGAGUCUCUGAGCAAACGAUCCUGGACUGACGUGCUGCUGCAAAUAUUCAAGGUGCUGGUGUUGUGCCGCGUGUCAGAGACGGGUUUGAACACAAGUCUGAAGCAUGACGACGUAGAUGGAAUCCUCCCUGUCAGCUCACAGCCACGGGCCAGUAACAUCUAUUCAUCCUACGAACUCCAGCUGCUCUCAUGGCUCAACAUGCAUUACCAGAGCAUGAGGAAGACUGUGUGGGGAACAGGUGGUGUCCCAUCAGCACGCUGGACAGUGAAUUUUGACCUGGACUUGACAGAUGGACUGGUGCUCGCUACUCUGCUUGCAGCCUACUGCCCUUAUCUGAUCUGCAGCCUCUUCCGGAGGAUGUACAGCACAGCUAGCAGCCUGGAACAGAUCCUUCACAACAACAUCAUUGUGGUCCAGGCCUUAACUGCACUUUCUCUCAACCUAGACAUAAAGCCCACAGACUUGUCAGACCCCAAUCCAGUGCAGAUGUUAAUUCUGUGCGUUCACCUGUAUGAGAGGCUGCCUCAGUAUCUGCCACUGCACACCAUCACUUUAUCAGGAGGCCUGCACAGCACUUUCAGCAAACAGGUGCGUCUGAAGAGCCCAUCAUCUGAGCCGAUGAAAUACCAGGUCUACCUUUUAGGAGAGGAUGCCCAUCUCUUCUCCCUCCCUAAUGGAUCUACUGUCACUAUUCCUGCAAAGGCGAGCGCUGAACUGACCGUCCAGUUCACCUGCUCCGUCAUGCAGCCCGUGGAGGCAGUCCUUCUGCUCAUCUCCAGCUCUCCUGUUGGCCUGAGCAGCACCACUCUCACAUUCAAUCUGAAGACCCACGUCAAUCACAUCACUCCCACAAACACUAUCAAGUGCAAGUCUCCAUGCUACCAGCUGAAAGUGAUCCAAGUGCCCAUAACUAACCCUUUCAAAAAAGAAGCUACUUUCAGGGUGGUGCUGGUGGAGUCUUUGCUCAACCCACUGGAGCCUGAAAAACAAAAAGACGGCCUCGUCCAACAGGCCUCCUCCAAAGCCAAUAUAAAGAAGAUGACUUCAGACAAGAGCUGUGGGGAGGAGAUGGAAGGGAAGUGCUCGGAUGUCAAUGGUGAAAGCAAUGAGUUCCUGAGUGCAGUGAAGAGUGUUUGUCUGAAGUCAGGCCAAGCAGACACUCUGAACAUCCACUACCUGCCAUUCUGCCCAGGCACCAAGUACUGCUCUGUGCUACUAGUCUGCCCGCAGGUGGGAGAUAUGGUCUAUAUGGUGAAGGCCACAGCACAGUUGCCUCUUCCUUCCCCUCUCACUGCCAGGCCCAGUUCUAACAUAGUCUCCAAUCCCAGCAACCCUGCUGUGUGUGUAUCAGUACUAAGCCUGCGCUGCGACAUGGGGCAGGUGUGUGAGGAGUUGCUGCGUGUGCCGCUCAUCAAUAUGGCCUGGGAGCAAGCUCUGGCUUUGUGGGGUCAGCACAGCAUGAGCGCCGAAGAACACAGGAGGCGCACGCUGACACACACUUUGCACUGCAGCACUGUGAGGGCAAACGCAGCUGUACGCAAGCUCUUCAAACAACAGGCCCGACUCUUGAGAGGUGUUCGCCACAAUAAAGGGGUGGAAUACAGUGUGGAGGUGUCUUUGCCACAAUACUUUGCUUUACCCAGUACUGUUACAAUCCCUAUAACGGAAGACACCAACAUGCCAUGGGAGGAUCCUGCAGAUUGUGGCUGUGUGGAAAUCCCAGUACGCUUCCAGGCGGACUCCAUGGGGCAAUUUACAUGUCAAGUGAUCCUGAGGUCCUGGUGUGAUACCAGAGUCUAUGUGCUAGAGGCUCAGGUUACUUCACAGAGAGGAUCCGCCCACUUGGACUUCAGUCAGCCUGCUCACCGUUCAAUCACACAAGACAUACCACUGCACAAUGAGACCCGCCAAGACUGGAAAAUGCAAGCUGAGGUGUUUGGGGAAGGAUUCUCUGGCCCAAAGGUUUUAAAUGUGCCAGCAGGGACAAGAGCCUGCUACCCCCUCACCUUUCACCCUUCUGUACAAUGCAGUGUCACGGGCAAGCUGUCCUUACAUAAUGACUACGACGGUACCGAGCAAGUCUUUACCCUCAGAGGAGUGGGAGAACACCCCCUGCCUGUGGACCAUGUGGUAUUACAUUGCUCUGUAGGUCAAACCACACACACACAGAUGAACGUCCCCAACUACAGCCAGAACAAAGUCACUCUCAAGGUGGUGACAGACCUAUCUGGUGUAAGUGGCACCCCGUCCCUGGAGAUUAAACCUGGUCACAGCGCUCCAUACACCCUGGCUGUCUCAUCACUGAAACGAGGAAAACAGACAGGCUUUGUGUCAUUUCUAGAAAUUGAUGACUUGCAGAAGGCAGACGGACAAGAAGGAAUUGAAGUCGGAUGCUACGAGGUGCAUUUUUCUCUGGAAAUAAUUUGUGAGCCGGCAGCGCCCAUCAAGCUCAUAGAUGUAGAGUGUGUCGCUCAGAGCUCAGUUGCCAUAGAGAUCCCGGUCAAAAACCCUCGAGAGGAGUUACUGGCGCUGGAUGUGUACCUGGAAGGAGACGACCUGAGUGGGGCCGACUGGGUUUCAAUUUCCCCACGGGACACUCUCACCUACAAAGCUACAUUCUCCCCCGGCAGAGUCGGGAAGAGCACAGGCAGUGUGGUGUUCCACUCAGAGCUGGUGGGGGAGUUCUGGUAUCAGAUGGAGCUUUAUGCUCUUCCUCCUCCAGUCAUCAUGCUACCACAGGACUGCUGUCAGCUUGGCAAAUGGACCAGCCUGACCCUUCCCCUGGUUAACCCCACAGCUGACACUCUGCAGUUGGUUGCAGCCAACAGUAACCCCAGAAACUACACACUGGAAAUAGAUCCCGGAAGUGCUCUUAUUGUGGACCCCCACUCCUUCACCCAGCUUGGUGUCCGCUUUAGUCCCUCAUCCAUCGGAGAGGGGACCCACACAGCAAAGAUCACUUUCACAUGCCCUCAGUUGCAGGAAUGGUGUGUGUUGUUGAGUGGUCGUGGCCUUACACCAGAGAUGGAGGAGCCUCUGAUCAUCUCAGCCCUGAUUGGCUCCAACGCCUCCAUCACCAUUCCCUUCACAAACCCCACUGAGCUCCUAGUCGUGCUCGAUAUCACACUCACAGAUAAGGACCCGAAUGGGGCCCCCAACUGCCAUCAAGUCACUACAGACAAGAAGGUCUUCUCUGUCCCUCUGAGACACACUGAAGGUGUACAGAUCUGUGAAGGGGCCAGUUUGGAUGUGCCUGUAGUGUUUGCUCCGAAGUCUAUGGAGCGACAACAGGCCUGGCUCUGCAUCACUAUGAACAGUCCCUCAAGUACAGACAACGUGAGGUCAGAGCAGGAAUUGUCAACCAUCUGUUGGACUUACCCUCUCCGUGGGAUCCCCAUGGAGGGGCCUGUUGAGAACGCUGCACUUGGCGUGCUCCGUUGUGAAGUGGGCUGCCAGCUGGAAAGGAAGGUGGACGUACUGCUAACUGGAUAUGUACCGGGGAAUCAAGACCGGAAAGUUUCCCGGGUGAUGGUAGAAGACUUCCUGUGCGUGGUUCGUUCAGACAGCAAAACAAAGCACUCAGAGGCGGAGGACUGCCUCUCUGCCUCCGCCGAGGCAGCGACGAGGGACCCUGAGACUGGCAUCGUAACACUCACCCUUCAUCUCGUCUACACUCCCCUCAGGGCAUGCAGGUGCUCAGCGGUCCUAGCUGUACAGUGUGUGUCUGGCAGGAUGUGGGAGUUUCCCAUCACUCUCAUCACAACAGAGCCUCAAGUGGAUGAUGUCAUCCUCACUGAAGCCACUGAGUUGGGCAAAACUUCAGCUGUGGGCUUCCGUCUGACCAGCACCUCCAGGAGGCCGGAGCCGUUCACCGCAGCGUUCCUGCCUGGCAGCAGCAAUGAGUUCACAGUGACUCCAGCCUCAGGGCUGUUACCUCCUGUUGGUUCUCCCGGAGCCCUCAUCACUGUGUCCUUCACACCCGCCACGUACAGCAAGCACAGAGCAAGACUAACCAUCCAGUCAGCAGACGUGCAGUGGACCUACGACGUAAGAGGGAAAACCCCUCAUGACUCCCCCCCCAUCUGUCCCUCACCGACCAGUGGCAGCUCUCCUGGGCUCCGUCCAGCCAAUGAACAGCUGCGGAACUUCGUGGCUCAUAACCUCCGUCUUCCCGCCCUGGCUAACUCGUCCCCUCUCAAAGUCCGCAGAUAAAAGGACAUCAUCCUUCCCUCAUACAGCUAAGGAGCUGAGUGUUUUUAUGUUUGAAUUAAAGCCACUGCUGUUUUUUCAAUCUACAUUUAUACCCACCACACAAUGUCACCUUCAAAGAAAUCCCUUUUAUAUAUAUUGGACGGGCGCAGUGGUAGAAUGUCUCAUUACUAAGCAGCUCUAAUGAGACAUGUUUCUGCCAACACAAAGAUGUUCUCUCUACCUUGUGGCAAGGGAAGGAUUCUUUUGUCAAAUUAAAAUGAGCAUCAUUUUUGAAGUUCUUUUGACUUGGUUUGAAAGCAUUCAUCUAACCUUGAAGUAAUGCCUUGAUUUGAACAAUAAUCUCCAAAGUCAUCAUCAUUCAUGUUGUUACAUUGCGUGUACUGUAACCGACUUCUCCUCAUCUCCUUAUCCUUCUUUAUGAUUGGUGUAGAUUGAAUAAGUACAAUCAUUGAGGUAUAAUGGCGUUUUCUGGGUUCACCUCAUCAGUGUUCUUCAUGAAACGAGCCAGUGCCCCUGAAGUUUUACACAUUCAGCAGGUAUUAGAUGUAUGAUGAGCAAUAAAUGCUAGUAAUGGUUAUGGUGUCCCUAUUAUGCCUCAGAGUCCAAUUCUAGUAAAAUGUUGCCAACUUCGCUUUAUUCAUCCUUCCCCUUAUGAUCCUCUGUUAGAUAGAUAUUGCCACCCCACAUUAUAUUACACUAACCAGGACAACCUUGAAAUUCACUGCAACCUUUCUGAAAAUCUCAGUAUCUUCCAUUUAAUAAAUCAAACCACAUGAGAGGUUGCCCAGUGUGUGGGAUAUGCAUGCAAAUAUGCAUCCUAUACAGCACACAUGGCUCCACUGUGAAUCCUUGUAGCUGCGUUUUAACUGUCGAUAGUUUUUCAGAUUUCACUUCAAUUUCCUCAAUAUUAAGUAGAUUAAAUGUGGCUUUGACACUAAAUAACAGGAAAAUACAUCAUAAUGUCAAAGUAAAAUCAGUCUUACAGUCUGAAUCUGUAAUUCACCAUUUAA